CAAUAGAGUCUGCCACAGCUGGUGAGAACGCGUUGAAACACGUCUCAAAUUGAAUGUGUUUUUAUUUGUACACACUUUGCAAAGUGGAAGUGAGAGAAAAAAACAAACCUUAAACAUUUUUUUAUACCAAUAAUUAGUCAGGCAAAAGUCAAUAGAAAACGUAAUACGUUCCUCGCACGUAGUCACAUCAAACAGACAUGACAGAUGAAUAAGUUGAUGUAAAUCGACAAAUUCAUAAAUCGUUCAAUUGAAAAGCAAUCAUUUGGGAUUCUAUUGAAUCGAGAAGUUUCUUAAGCUCACACUCUUAAUUGUGAAUAGUGUCAGUGCUACAAGUAAAAAAAGAACCAAAUAAACUAUCCACACCGUUUAUAUCAGGAGUGGGUGUACUAAUUGAAAAUGAAGAUGGUUGAAAUUUGAGUUGGUUGAGUGUUUGUAACACUUGCCACAAAUUGUGCAAUACCAUCUUCCAAAAAGAAAAAAGAGCAAAAAAAAUCGAAUUGAGCCAAAUUCGAUCGGCGAAAAUUUGAUAUUGUAAUGUGAAAAAUUCGAUUUGUAAACGCAAAAAACACAAAGUUACAAAUCUUAACACGAGAUGUUCAAUUGUGCACUGUAUAGUGUACGCCCAAUGUAUAUUCCGUCAAUUCAUCAUAGCUUUGUUUCAAUUGCUUCUAAACGUCAAGGCCACACUUCUGCUGCUGCUGCUGUUAUCAGUCGAAUGGCUAGCUGUUUCUCCGCAAACUGUUGAUAAUCACAACGUCGGCCCAUCGAAAACAGUUGCAAUACACUAAAAAUAACCGAUUUUCAUCAAAAAUAAAACACAAACGCAUAUACACAUUAAAAUCGACACUGUAGAUCAAACAACGAAGUACCAACCAUAUCGGACUUAUAAGCAAGUGACGAACUGGCGCACAUAUAAACAUGCGAUUGCUUUGUGAAUUUUUCAAGCUAAUUCUACUUGUGAUUCUGCUGACCAUUUGUUAUGCACCAUUUGUGUCGGCUACACACGAAUCGUCCAAAUCACAACAACCACGAUUACCUUUUUGCGAUGAUGAACAAACAAAACAACAAAUUGAUAAAAAUGCUGGCCUGCUGUACGUUUCAACAUUAGACGGAAAAAUAUCGGCUUUGGAUAUUUUGGAUGAUGGCCAAAAGAAAUGGACAAUAAAUACGACGCCCGGCCCAAUGAUAUCGUCAAGCAUUCAAAAUUUGGAACUUACAAAUAAUGGACAGUGGGUGAGAAUGAUUCCAUCGCUCAGUGGUUCGAUAUACAAAUUUGAUGGGGAAACAGUUGAACCAAUACCCAUCACAGCUGAUAAUUUACUUAGCUCCUCAUAUAAAUACAGUGAUGACCUGGUGAUAUCAGGUGGCAAAGAGACAAUUUCAUAUGGUGUGUCAGCGCAUAGCGGACAAAUAAUUUACGAGUGUUCAAUGCGUGGAUGUAUUAAUAGUACUGAUAUUGAUGCUGAUCCAUCGGAUGGCAGUGAAUUGCCGCCAAAAGAUUCAAGUUCAACAAUAAAUUCCGCACCAUCACCGCCAGAAAUUGAUGAAGAAGUAAUUGUAGUGCGCCGUAAAACACAAACAGUGCGUGCCAUUGAAGCGAGAACAGGACAAGAGCGAUGGAAUUUCAGCGUGGGACAACAUGAAGUGGAAUCGAUUCGAUCAUCUGGUGAUUGUCAUGCAACUUCAAACAGUGGUACCAAUGAAAUGCUCACAAAUUUAGAUGUUCGUGUUGUGGUGCCAGAGGGUAUUAUUUGUGCCGUUCGUAAAAAUGCGCCGAAUGUCAUUGUGUGGAAAUAUAAAUUCGAUUAUCCAAUUGUGAAUGUAUGGAAACGCGAUGAGAAUAAUGAAUUGAAACCGAUCGAUUUAUUUCAAAUGGUGCCGGAAUUGUGGAAAUUUGAAGGAAAAUCUUGGACUCAAUCAACGGACGCAUCAAAAGUCAAUGAGAAUGAUGAUGAUGAAAUUGCUAAAGUUGCGCCAUCCAUUUACAUUGGCAUGUUUAAACGUCAAUUAUACAUACAAGAAAGUGAACAAUUGCGAUCGUCACAAGCAAAUAUCAUUGAUCAUAUGGUCGGUGAUAUGGUAGAGACGAAAAGUUUUGCACCCAUCCCAUGGAAACCAAUUGAUGCCAGCAGCUCUGGAUUGGCUCAAAUCGAGUAUGAGACGACAGACGAAACAUCAAUUGUCGCUACAACAUCCAAUGAAGAAAGAGGUUUGGUGAAAAAGAACUAUUCAGCUACAGCUAUCUCCGUACUCUAUGGAUCGGAAUAUGUCAAUGGUAAUGGAUUUUAUUUGUAUUCCAAACGUGAUGAUAAAUCAAAGUGUGAAAAGGAGAAAACUUCAAACGAAAAUGAUGAGAAUAUUGGUUUUGGCGUGAAUGAAACUGAUUUUUCCGAGGAAGGCGAACGAUUCCGUCCAACACCGUUAAUCAAAUUCGUUUCUCUGUGGUAUUGGUGGCGUGAAAUCGUAUUGAUCGUUUUAUCAAUUCUGGUUUUUAACGUUGUUUUAACGCAACGCCGACCAAAUCAACCAGAAGUUGUGGUUGUUGAACGACAUGUGGAAAUAAAAGUUCCGGCAACACCUGAACCAAUUGAUAGUAAUUUCCCAUUGCCGGCCAUUGAAUACCAUACCAAGCGCAGUCUCUCCGAAUCGAAUACCAGUGAAGCGGAACCCGAAUUUAAAUCACGUUUUCAAACCGAUUUCGAUCUACUCCAAUGCUUAGGUAAAGGUGGAUUUGGUGUAGUCUUUGAAGUGAAAAAUAAAAUUGAUGAUUGCAAUUAUGCUAUCAAACGAAUUGUUCUGCCAAAGAGCAAGCAAUCACGCGAACGUGUGAUGAGAGAAGUAAAAACAUUAGCAAAUUGUGAACAUCAUAAUAUUGUGCGAUAUUUUCAAGCGUGGGUUGAGUCGCCACCACCGGGUUGGCAAGAAAAGGAGGAUAAAAUAUGGAUGGAUCGUUAUGCAAUGUCACAUUCAAUCGAUAUUGAUUCACCAUCAAUCGAUGAACCAUCGAAAUCAUUUGCAUCGAACGCACCAAAAACUAGCAAUGUUCGCAGUCAAUUGUUCAAUAAAACAAAAUUGGAUUUUGUGAUCUCAGGCCUACAAACCAAUGAAUGUGUUAAUUUUGAUGAUGAGAUUCGUAAGACGAAUUUCAAAUCAAAUGGAAAAUUUAAUAAUAAUAAUGAUAAUGACGACGAUGAUGAUGAUUCGUUCAUCGUUUUUGAGGCUGAAGAUAAUGAAGGGGAUAAAAACAGCAAAGCGGUCGAUGCAACAAAUGACAUAAGCACCGAUUCCGACACAAGUAGUGAUGAUGAUGAUGAUGAUGAUAGAGAAAGUAGUUAUAAAGAAUUAAAUUCAGUAUUCGAACCAUCCAAUCGCUGUAGUUUUUCAAAUAAAAUAUCACACCAACGAAAAUUAUUGAAAACGCGAAAAAAUUUGAACAAAAAUCUCGGCAUGAAAAAGCGAAGCUAUUCGAUGACGGAUAGUGGUGCAUGCAUUGCACAGAAGAGAAACGGUUGCGAGAUUGAUAUGCAUUUUAUGAAUAAUGCUUGCUCUGUGAUUUCUGAAAAAGAAGUCAAUGAUGAUAAAAAGAAAGUUCCAUUUAAGCGAACACAUCGACGUCCACUGUCAUUAGAUUUAACAAGCACUGGUUCCGUUCAAAUUCCAAUGCCAACGAAUCCAGCCCCGUCCGUAUCGUCCAUGUCAUUUCUCUAUAUUCAAAUGCAAUUGUGUCGUAAAGAAAGUCUCAAAGAUUGGCUCUUCGAAAGUGAUUCGCACGUUCGUGCCAAUGAAAGUCAUGGCAUUUUCAAGCAAAUCGUCGAAGCAGUUGAGUAUGUUCAUCUCAAGGGACUCAUUCAUCGUGAUUUAAAGCCAAGCAAUAUAUUCUUCUCGUUGGAUGGCCGAAUAAAAAUUGGCGACUUCGGUCUGGUGACAGACAUGUCCGAAAAUUUGAAAUCAAGAACUCCAUGCGGCAAUGAUGAAAGCGGUUUACCGUCGUGUGCAAAACAUACGCAACAAGUUGGCACUGCAAUAUACAUGAGUCCAGAACAAUUACACGGUCGUCCAUAUAACUACAAAGUUGAUAUCUAUUCGUUGGGUUUGAUUCUGUUCGAAUUGUUAAUGGUUUUCAGCACCGAAAUGGAACGAAUUGCAACUAUUAAAAGACUACGCUCAAACAUAUAUCCCGAUGAUUUCCACGAAAAAUUCCAACACGAGUACAAUCUUCUAAAAUUGAUGCUUUCCAAAAUACCAGAAGAACGACCAACAACCUAUGGUAUACGAGCGCGACCACCGUUUUCAGAGCAAACUGAUGAUUCAUAUCACUUUACAUUGCCACCACGACGACGUGAUAGCCAGAGUUUCAGCGCAUCGCUCAGCAGUAGUACUUCACUUAGUAAUUCAAGCUCUUCUAACAUUAAAUCAUCAAAUAAGUAAAAAAAAAAACAAAUUAAAAGAUUAUAAUUAUCAUUUAUCAAAUUCAUUACAAAUUAAUUUUAGUUUAGAUUCAUUCAUUUAUCUCCUUUUUUGUUGAAAUAAUGAUUUUCAUUUGCCAAAUGUAUGUAAUCACAGUACAUUUCAAGAAGUUAUUAGUUCUGAGUUGGGAAAAAACAACUUUUGAUUUGAAUGUGAUUCGAGUUGCGAUUUGGUUGGACGGUGAAUUUUGAGCGAAAAAAAUCAAUGCACGUCUUGAAUUUAAUAAGAAAUGUGAUGAAUUUAACUAUUUGAUAUAUGUUUAUCUCAGUGCCGAAUAUAAACAUUUACCGAAUAGAAUUUUUUUAAGAAAAAAUAAGAAAACUCAAUGAUAAAAAUGACAAAAUUGUACUUUAGUUUAUGUUAGCGAAAAUGUUAAAUAGGAGUCUGGUUUACAUUUUUAAUUAUAUAUACACAUAAUAUUGAUAGCGAUGACCACACGAUGGAAUCGACGCGGAAAUGAAAAUUGAUAAAAAUUUACAAAAAUAAAUAUUUUCACAAAUUUCCAGACCAA